AUGUGGAGCGUAGGCAGCGAGAUCACACUAGAGAGAACACUGGCGCUGUACAAUUUUUCCAGCGCUGUCAAUCAUGAGCAUGGCCUUGGUUCUCCGCUGACCUACCGCCUCUGUGCGGAGAGCUCGGUUGGCAUCAAAUACCUUAUUCAUGAGAGUUUUGAGCGGAUGUCGUUCAUGGAUCAGCAAACCCUCAAGCGCCUUUACUGGCUGAUCUAUGCCGGCCAGUGCACCUGCGAUAUGCAUGGCAGACAGCUACUGAUACUGCGUCACGCGCAUGAAGCCUUCGGCCAUCUGCUUCCGUUGGAGGUCAGCGAUAACCAGUUACUACAAGGCGCCGACACCAGCUUCGCUGAGGACACGAGUCUGUGCCUCUCGUAUAUCCCGGGACUCAACGCACUUUCCAGGCUUUUCAUGGUAUGGCAUUCCAGCCAAGCGAUUCCGACUCAGACUAUGGAUAACUUACAUGAGCACAUCAUGCGCACUCAACAAUUGCUUGAAGAUCUACCACCGGAGCUUGGGUGGCGACCGCCUCACGUUGGGGAGUUCGCCUUCAAUGUGCAAAAGGUCAAUCUCAAAGUCACGCAACUGCACAUUCGAUCAAAUCUACUUGAACAGAUGAACACCCUGGCCAAGGAUCAGAACAUGCGAGUCACUCCAGGUGCUAUCAUCGACGAGCGACAUCGGGUAGUGGAUGAACUGCUCGAUGUUCUCUACAACAUGCCAGAAGAGGUGUUUGACGCUAACGGAUAUAGCAUUGUGCCGAAAAUCAGAGAUAUUGGUGGUGCUCUUCUGGAUGAGCUGCGAACCGGAUCGCAAGGCACCACUUUGCAAGCAAGCAUUAAUUUGGACAAGCUAUUAGCAAAGUUGGAGAGUCUCGAUCAACGGGUUGCGGUGCAAACACCAUAUGUCUGA